CCAUGCAGCACCUCAAUGCGAAACCAUGCAAACCAAAUACCUCAUGAUGCAAGUUUUGUAAACUCAUUAUUGCCACUAAUCGCCGCUCAAUACUUUUUCACUGUCGUGUAUCAUCGUUGCAAAUCCAAUUUGUGCCAAAAGAGAGAUGAGAGCUACGCGGUUAUUAAUAUUGUACGGCAGUCAAACCGGCACGGCAGAAGACGUUGCUAGCAGAAUUUCACGAUGCGGGAAAAGACGCAUGUUUCAUGUUACCCUAUUGAGCAUGGACGAUUAUCCCGUGAGCGAACUCAUUACCGAAGAGCUGGUCUUAUUUGUUUGUGCAACUACCGGGCAAGGCGAAGAACCGGACAACAUGAAGUCGUUCUGGACGUUUCUGCUGCGAAGGACCUUACCCAGUAAUUCCCUCGCAUCUAUGCUGUACGGUGUUAUUGGAUUGGGUGACUCGUCGUACCUGAAAUUCAACUUCACAGCCAAGCGACUGCACCGGCGUCUCACCCAGCUGGGGGCGAAAGCUCUCGCGGAACCGGUGUACGCAGACGACCAGCACGAGCUGGGUCCGGACGGCAUGAUUGACCCAUGGUUGGAAAAUUUCUGGAACAUAUUGGAAUCCAAGUAUCCUCUUCCUGUAGGACAGACUACAUUGAGUGAUGACAUCUUGGAAGCGUCCAUGUACCAACUGGAGCAGCAGCAGACUGCAUCCUCUACGUGCAUUGUGAAUCAUCGUGCCUUUUUGAGUCCAGUGCUUGAGAACCGCCGUAUGACUAGUGUAACUCACUUUCAAGAUGUGCGAUUGCUGAGAUUUAGUACGAAAGGGUCUUGUAUCCACUUUGAGCCCGGAGAUGUUGUUAUGGUCCAACCAGAUAAUAUGCAGGAGGAUGUGUCUCAAUUCCUUCAUCUCUUCCACUUGGAUCCGAACGUUGUGUGGAGAUUAAAGUCGUCAUCCGUACUGUUACCCCCUUUGCUGUCUGAGCCAAUCACAGUGCAGACAUGUGCAGAGAAGUAUUUUCACCUCAGCUACAUUCCAAAGAGAUCUUUCUUCCAAGUCUUUUGGCACUUUGCAGAUGAUGAUCUAGAACGGGAGAAACUGCGUGAGUUGAGCACGGCUGCAGGCCAGGAAGAUCUUGUUGAUUAUGUGAUUCGUCCACGUCGGACUGUACUAGAGGUGUUUGCUGACUUCCCGCACACAACGUCAAGAGUGCCUUGGAACUAUCUUUUCGACUUGAUUCCACCAAUUCGUCCACGUCCUUUUUCUAUUGCAAACUCGCUUCGAUCCCAUCCGGAUGAGAUUCACAUCUUAGUUGCCAUUGUAGAGUUUGAAACCAAACUUUUGAAACCUCGUCGUGGCCUGUGUUCAACCUUUCUGGCACGCCUCCAGGAAAACACUCAAGUGCCACUAUGGGUGAGGAGGGGAUCACUUAGAUUGGCACCCGAUAAUGCACCAGUGCUCAUGGUGGGACCAGGAACAGGAUGUGCACCAUUUCGAGGAAUCAUACAAGAUCGAUGCAUCAGGAACAUUCCAGAGAACAUCUUGUUUUAUGGUUCUCGCAACAAGGCUGGGGAUUUCUUCUUUCAAGAAGAGUGGAACAAAUUGGUUGAGAGAGGUCAGCUUGACCUGGUCACUGCUUUCUCUAGAGAUCAGGAUCACAAAAUAUACGUACAGCAUAGGAUUUCCCAGGAGAAGGAAAAAGUCCUAAGCUCAGUGGCAAAGGGAGGGACAGUGUACAUCGCUGGAAACGCCAAAGACAUGGUCCCAGCCGUUCGUUUAACACUCAAAGCCAUAUUGCAGGACUUGGCUGGGCCAGAUGAAGACGGCGAAACUGUUCUCAAGAGGCUCGAGCGGUUGCAUCGGCUUCAAAUCGAAGCAUGGUCCUAAAUGGAAAACAUAUUCACUUGGUUUCUCAGCGACAGUUUCUUGAGGAUAGUUUUUGUUGUUCUAAUACAGUCGAAACUCACGGGGACUGCAAUUUC